UGACUUUAUUUUAGGCAAACAUAUUUGGAAACCAAUCUUACAUAUGGGCCUCAACAUAUAUACAUGUACAUGAGAAAGAAUACAUUGAUACAAACAUAUUAAAACAUAAUAAAAUUACAAUGAAAGACAUUUAACUAAAUACAUUUAACUAAGUUAGUCUGUAAAAUUAAAUAUUUAUUGGAUGGAAUAUUUAAGAUUUACAUAAAGUUUUGCUGCCCACCAGAGUACCACCAUGACAAGAACGAAGUUUUAAAUGUUGACAAGGAGUUUGAUUGGCGGAUAUUAAGUGGGAAUUUAUUCCAUAUGAUAGGACCUGAGUAGGCCAGUGACUUUCUGCAAAAUUCUAAUCUUGGUUUAGGUACAUUUAGAAAUUGUUGUGUGUGUGAUCUGAGGGCAGUAUUAUUUGAAUGUGAGAAUAAGUUAGACAUGUACUGUGGGAAAAGGUUAUUGACUGAUUUGUAAACAAAGAUUGCCUUUUUAUAUGAAAUUCGAUUAUGGAUUUUCAUCCAUUUCAGUUCUUGAAAGAGUUCUUCUGAUGGUGUGUCAUGGUCUUUGUUGAGAAUAAUUCCUGCUGCUCUUUUUUGAAAUUUGUAGAUAUUGUUCAGAAGAUCACUAUUACAGUUUCCCCAUAUUGUGCAACAGUAGUCUAGGUGGGAUAAACCAUCAGCUCCUAAAAGUCUGACCAUCUCGGAUAUCACUUCUGAAUCAUGUCACCUUCAUUGGCAAAAACCUGACCAUGAGAAUGGUAGCCGUAUCACAAAGUACAUUGUUCAGAUGUGUGAAAAUAGUGAAAAGAACUGGAAGGAAUUUGGCUCCUGUACUACCACUGACAUUGUUGUAAAUGAAUUACAAAGAAAAACACAGUAUCGUUUUCGAAUAGCAGCAGAAAACAAAGUUGGCACAGGAGCAUUUGUGGAACUUCCAGUUCCUAUAGCCACAGAGGAUAUCUUGGAAUGGGACUAUCAUGAUGAAAAUACAGUGAAGGUGAAAUGCGGUGAUUCUACAGUGUUGCAAGUACCCUUCAAAGGUGCAAAACCAAGUGUAUUCUUAUUGCACAAUGAUGGUCCAAUCCAAAAUAUGGAAAGAAUAAGUGCAGAAACCAAAGACAGUUGUGUAUACUGUCAUCUUCAUGAGGUUGACCAUGCAGAUCAAGGGAAAUACACAUUAACAGUGGAAAAUGACACAGGAAGAGGAACUGUAGUCACAACUCUUACUGUUUUAGAUAAACCAUCAGCUCCUAAAAAACUGACCAUCUCUGAUAUCACCUCUGAAUCAUGUCACCUUCAUUGGCAAAAACCUGACUAUGAGAAUGGAAGCCGUAUAACGAAGUACAUUGUUCAGAUAUGUGAAAACAGGAAAAUGGACUGGAAGGAAGCUGGUUCAAGUACUAACACUGACAUUGUUGUAAAUGAAUUACAAAGAAAGACACAGUAUCGUUUUCGAGUAGCAGCAGAAAACAAAGUUGGCAUAGGAGCAUUUGGGGAACUGUCAGCACCUAUAACUACAGAGGAUAUCUCAGGAGAAUCACAGCAAACAGAUAAUGAUACCCACCCAGAAUCUGGCUCACCAUUAUCAAGAUCAAGUAACUUUGAAAGACUUUUAGAUGAAGAUCAGGGAGAAACAAAUUUUGAUGAGAAAAAUGCGUCAGUGCAAUUUCAGAUGAGUAGCAUGACCUAUACGGCAGAUGACGAUUGGAAGGAGCUGGAAUAUGAUAAAGAAUCAAGUUCUGUAAAAGUACUAGAUAAGAAAACUGAUACUGGAGUAGCAAAUGGUAAAGUGAAACAUAAUACACAUUCUGUAAAAGAUAAAGAAGAAAACAAAAUGGAAUUAGAAGGGUUCUUUAACAAGGAGUCUCAAAAGUCUGUACCACAGAAAUCACUGGAAUACACACUUGUAAAGGUUGGAAAUAAUUAUAUUCUUCACUCACAGAUCCAUGAGCCAGUGAAGAUCUCUCAAAUAACUGGGGAGUUGAAUGUUUCUGUGGAAGACGAAUAUAUUUUGAUAGAUGGUGAGAUAGUAUAUUCAAUCAGCUAUGAAAGUGGACAAAUAAUGAUUUCCAAAGUAGAGGAAGCACAGUUUGAAAUCAUAAAAGAGAACCAGGAAUGCAGUCCUUCGUCUAUUACUAAUGAUCAUCAUAAUGAGGAACUAAUCCCAUGCCAGAGAGAAGUAAAGUUUAACAAGAAUGAAAAUUUGGAUUCUGACAUUGAAAAGUUAACUGACGGGAUUAAAGAAUUUAGAAUUAAAGAUUAUCAGUCUCGAGAUAGCCAGAAUAGAUAUAUGGAACCUACAGAGGACAAAAAUAAGGAAUGUUAUGUUUUAGUCAAAAAUGUUCCGAAAGGUUGUAGCAGUGAAAGCCUCUGGAGAGAUAUGAUCGAACCAGGAUUUCCAGUUGUACCACCAUUACUGAUAUAUCAUCCUAAAGAAAAAGAUGCAUUGCUGAUUUGCAACAGUGAAGCAGAUGCAGCAAAACUCUGCAGACUUGGCAAAUUCGAUGUUUUCGAAUUUGAGCCCCACGAACUGUGCCUUCAUGAUCCCAUGAUAACAGUUGACAGAGCAUGGCUUCAGCUACUUGCUUCUCAGCAAAAAUAUGACGAGUUUGUGAAGAAAAUGAAAGACAUUCAUGUGCAUGUGUGUACAAAUGGAACAGUUCAGGCUGGUACUACUUACCAACUAAAGGUUGUGAAGCACAUUAUUUCUGAUUGGAAAUCAUUGGACAUUACAUGUAAAACAAUAGACAAUGUUUCAGAUAACAUUUGGAAUGUUGUGAGUCUUGUUAAACAGGCACAUAUUGGGGAGUUUACUGCAAAUGGAGGUAAUAUUGAGUUUAAAAAUGGCAAAAUACACCUAUCAGCUUCUAACAAAGAUCUGUUAAGUGACAUAUUUUCGGUAUUGCAGACCUAUGUGAAUUCUUUAUCAAAACGGGUAUUCCUGGAACUUCCAGUUAAUCCUGAAAAGAAAUUUCCUGAGGAGAAUAUCAAGAAAUGGUGCAGUGAAAUAGAGGAAGAAUUGGAACAAGAGUGUUGUGUGUACAAUCCAAAAACAAACUUGGUACUUGCAUUUUGUAAUACUUACGAAAAUAAUAUGAAGGUUAAGUAUUUGUUGCGUGUUAAGAAGGGUGAAAUCAAAUCGACUGCACGAGGAAGGCGUUUCACAAAAGAGUCAAAAAAUCAAGAGGAGCCAGUUGAAACCAAUAAGAAAAUUCUUCCUGUGAGAGAUGAUGUCAGGGAAAGAGAUUUUUUCCAGACAAAAGAGGGUGUCAAAGUGUAUGUCUGUGUUGCAGACAUAUUGAACCUAGAUGUUGAUUGCAUUGUAAAUGCUGCAAAUGACAGAUUGCAGCAUGGUGGAGGAGUUGCAGCUGCUAUACAGUGCGGAGCUGGAUAUGCUCUCAAGAAAGCAAGUCGGGACUAUAUAUCAAAACAUGGAAAAUUGAAAGCGGGUGAGGCUUGUACAACAACAGCUGGAGACCUCAAAUAUGACUGUGUCAUACAUGCUGUCGGGCCCUGUUGGUCAGAUUACUAUCCACACAAUGUAGAGAAAGUAAGAGAAUGUGGGAUGGACCUGAUGGAUGCAGUUACCAACAGUUUCCUGGAGGCAGAACAUCACAAUUUAAAGUCAAUAGCUCUUCCUGCAAUCAGUUCAGCUAUAUUUGGUGUUCCGGAGAAGCUGUGUAUUUAUCAUUAUGUGAAAGCAACUGUUCUGUACAGUAGAUCAUAUGCAUCAAAAUCAAAGGCACUUAAAGAAAUUCACUUUGUUGACAGAAAUAAAGAUACUAUUGCAAAAAUAAGGAACAUGUUUGAAGAUUGGUUAGGAGAAACAGCAUCACCUCCAGAUUUUGAUAUCAACCAAUUUAUCAGUAAAGAAAGUGGGAGGUCUGCAAAUUCAAAGAAGCACGAGAAAAGCUUGCAUGAAAAGAAAAAUUUUCCUGAAGUCAGCAGUUAUCUGCCUACCCCUUUGUCCUAUGAAGAAAAAUGGAUGACAUAUGCAUAUAUCUUUUGUGGUGUUGAUGAUCAGAAAAUUGUUGCUACAAUCGGUAACAUUUUUGACUCGAAGGCAUCAGCAGUUGUUGUGACUAUUAAUGAACUUGGAGAGUAUGGAACUUUAGGAAAACAGAUUUUCAAGAAGGUCAAUAUGAGUCAAGCUUCAGAAUACCGUCGUCAGCUUUCCAAUGGUCUAAGGGUUAACAAGUAUCUUGGAGGCAUAAUCAGAACUCAUGGAUUUGAUUGUGGGUUUAACUUCAUCAUUCAUGCAGUGUUUCCAUACUACACAAGACGAAAUACUUUGGAGCAACGCCAGAUGGACAUCCAAAAGACCUACUGGAAUAUUUUCUGUACUGCGUACUUGGAUAAAGACAUAUCAUCCGUGGUUUUGCCUCUGAUAGGCAUAGGUAAUAUAUUUCUUUAAUGUUUAUGAAGAGAAUAAUGUGAAAUUUAUUGUUCUAGAUUUAGUUUGGAUUUCCUCAUUUGAUUAUAAGCAUUUUGGCUAUGCAGCAAAUGAGAAAGAUUUACAGGUAGAAUUAUUUCAGACCCUGA